GUAUUAUGUCGUGAUAUUUAAAUGCAGCGCUGAUGCCUUGUCCCUUACGGUCUUCACUAGAUACUCGGCAUAUACUAUCCAUGCGUCUUGACUUUUUUGUCUCUGUCUCCAACUCCAAAGAACUUGAGAAUGGAGAACGUUCAGUACCUUUCUCUUGUUGCAGUGCUUUCUGCGUUCUUUCUCUCGUGGCUCCUCGCCAGUUUCCCUGAGACCCCUGCAUCGACCAAACAAUUGAAAGAGGAUGAACAUCGACCUCUCGGGGGGCCUAAACGAUGGCCGUUGUUGGGAAACUUCGUUUCCUUUUCGAAAAUCUUGAACAACCCAGAUAGAGAGCUGCUAAAGUUGGCGAUGAAGUACGGGGCCACUGCGAUGAUGUGGCUUGGCUCUCAACCCGUUCUCAUCAUUAAUAGCGCGAGGGAUGCUAAAGAGCUGUUGGACAACAGAGGUGUAAUCUACUCUGACAGGCCGUCACAAAACAACUUUCGCCAACGUGCAUGGCCGUAUAGGCUACUAGGGGUAGGGGUUGGUCCGCAAUUCCGCUUGCUUCGAAACGUCUACCACAGACUACUCGGGGAGCAACAAUCCAUCAAGUUUCGAGACUACCAGGACUAUGAAUCUACGGUGAUGCUCAAGGACCUUUUGGAGGCUCCCCAGAAAUUUCUGGCGCAUUCUGAGCGUUUCUCACUCAGCGUCAUGUUCUGUACCAUAUACGGAGUUCGCCUCGCCCAACUUGAUCAUCCUAUCAUGGUUGAUUUCUACAAUGUGUGGGCUGAAAUGCUACAUUAUUUUCAACCAGGCACUCUUUUGAUUGACUAUUUCCCGAUCCUAGAGAAGCUACCCGAGAAAUUCCAACCCUGGGUCAAGAUCGCUUCUAACCUGCAAAAGAGGGAGUCGGUCCUGCACAGGGCCUUCUUGAGAACUCUUCACAUGCAGAUAGAAGCAGGCACGGCACCAAACUGUUUCGGUGCCGAGCUGACGAAGAUUCAGAAGAAUGAAAAUAUCAACGACGACCAGGCCAUUGGCAUUCUGGGCAUGCUCAUCGGUGCUGGAGCUGAUGCCACCAGCAGUAUUCUUCAGACAUUCUUCAAAAUCAUGGCUAUGAAUCCCGGAGCCUUCCGUGCUGCCCAAGAAGAGCUUGAUCGUGUUGUAGGUCCAUCGCGACUACCCACUUGGGAAGACCAACCAAACCUACCUUACGUUCGAGCUCUCAUCAAAGAGGUGCAUCGAUGGGCGCCGAUCGGGAGUCUUGGCGUGCCUCACGCAACCUCGGAAGAGGACUCGUAUCAUGGAACCCGAAUCCCACAGGGCACCAUCGUUUUCCCUAAUCUUACCGUGCUCAAUCGUGACCCGGAAGUCUAUAAGGACCCUUACGAGUUCUGCCCAGAGCGAUUCCUAGAGGACGACUUACACGCCGCCGCCAGUGCAAACCAAUCUGACUUCCGCCAGCGGGAUCAUUUCCACUACGGGUUUGGUCGCCGUAUUUGUCAAGGUAUUUUCGUGGCUGAAGCCUCAUUGUACAUUACUAUUUCCCGUAUAAUAUGGGCAUUUGAUGUCACGCCUCAACCUGGUGCGACGCCGCUAGAUAUGGGUGAUAAGACACGUAAGUCUCAUUCAUUCGUGACGCGGAUGUAUCAUGUUCCAGGUGACUGA